UGAAUUAUUUUUCCUAGAGGGCACUGACUAUAAAAUGAUAUUUCUGUGCACUGGAGAAAAAUCUGAAUUAAACGUUUUUCCUUUUCUUCAUCCUUUAGCACUCCAAUCUUUAGACUGCAACAGGUGUUAUAGAACAGCUGAACUUCCCUUUGUACUUCUCCCUUGUACUCUCCCAGUCAUUUCUAAAUGCUCGCAUGUUUUCACUUUAUUUAAAGUUUCACAGAGUUUCAGAUUUAAAAUACAAGGAUCAUGUCAUGGAAAGGUCGUGCUGCACAGCUUCAAUGGGAGAGGGAGCAUGGAGUCGAUCCGCUGGCUUUUGACGGUUGCAGAAGUUCAGAUGGAGCGCUCAUGUUUCAACAUGCACCUAUGCUGGAAAUCGAUGGCAUGAAGCUCGUUCAGAUAAAAGCCAUCUCACCGAGAAGCACAACCUGCACGGAAAGAACCUCAAAGAUCGAGUCGUUCUGUCACUGCCGUUCUGUGCAGACCCCAAACCUAAACUGGACAACAUUCAAAGCAGAGCAAAGGAGCGCUACCUUCCUGUGUAUGAAAAGGCUCUGACAGGACCGUUUACCUGGUUGGAGGUAAACUAAGCCUUGCAGAUGCUGCUGGUUGAAUGCAUCCCGGAGCUGGACAUUACCUUACAUUACAUUACAUUACCUCCUCAACAUCUCUUGAAGUUCUGCAGAGGCCUGGGUACGAACUAAUCAUUUGAUUCAGGUGUUUUGACCCAGGGUGAGAUCUAAAACCUGCAGGACACCGGCCCUUGAGACCUGGAGUUCCCCACCUCUGCUCUAUAUGCUGUGAAUACAAACAA